CCGCAACUUUCGGAUUUUGUUUUUUUUUCCGCAUUUUCUCAGGCCUUGAUCAAUUAUCUUAUUAUUAUCUUAAAUUAAAAAAAAAAACUUCAAUGGUUUUUAGGUUUACCCCAGUCCACGUAAGCCCAUGGUGUCCAUGUUAACCUUGCUUUCUCCACCCUACGCGUCGUAUUAUGUUAUUUUUAUAGUUGCAAAACCACCGACUCCCCUAACGGCGGCCAUCUCUUCGUCUUUCCUCCCUCUGCCCUUAAGCGUCGCGUCUUUCUAUCUUCUUUUUGCAACUGACAAAAGCCCAAUAUUCCCCCACGGCAACUUCCUCCCCUGUCCCCCAUAACACCAUCGACGCGAACUCCUCUCCAUACUCCGUCUGAUCCCGCCGAUACCUUCUUCUUGCAGCCGGCAAUGGCCCAAUGUUCCCCACGGCAAAACUUCUAUUUUUGUUCAAGAACUUUCCCAUGUAAGUUGCUAAUUAUGUAUAUUUGCUCCUUUGAUCUGUUGUAGUAAUUUUAAGAUAUGCAUAUUAUGUGUUCAAAGAUAUAUGUUUAAAUACAUUCAAGUAAGAAAUAAGAUUGAAAUUGCAGAGGAAACAUGAAAAAGAGACAAUUGGAAUGACCAUUUUUUGCAAAUCAUGCCAACCUACUGAAUAUAUUUGUCUUUUUUUUUGCGAACUGUGACUAUGAGGAAGCCAAAUUAGCAUGAGAUUGUUCCAACUUUAGUGAAUAUGAAUAUGAGUUGACUUUAUUCUUAAUUUGAUAAAUGACAAUGAGUUUAAUAAAUGUCAAUAUGAGACUUAUAAAUUUUAUGUAUACAAUUACAAAUGUAUAUUUUGAGUUCAUAAUAUAUAGCACCAUGUGUGAAAUUCAAUCUAACAUAGUCUUAUCGCGACAUCAGGGAAACAACUAUAGAAAUUUGUAUUAUACAAUUCUUCAACCUAUAACAUUGAUUUGUUAUCCAAUUUAUUAAUCAUAUGAUUAUACAUAAAGGAUAAAUCAUUAAUAAUGCAAGAUAUACACUCAAUCAUCACAAAAAAAAAAAAUUGUCCGAACAAAAAGAACCCGUAUUCACAAUGAAAUGAAACUCACCCGGCCAAUGGCCGGGAUAAAAGCUAGUUGUAUUAUAAAAGCUUUUUUAAACCAAAGUACCGCUGUUGAUUGUAAAAUUUCUAACAAAUAAAAAUUGGAGUAUCAAAUUGGAUAAUUGACCAAACACUAUCUGUAUGAAGCAUGCGUGUAAGCUACAAACAACGAGAGAUUAUGGAUAAUCAAUUGAUUAACUAACUAAUACAAAUCACUUAAUCACGAUCGGAUCCUCUUGUCACUCUGGGAUUGGCUGUGACUGAGAGCCGAGAGAGAGGAACGAAUCCGCAACUUAGUUUUCUCGCACUUUCCUCUUGGCAGCGGUCUUCUUGAUUUUCCUGGAAAAUUAAACACUCGCCCACUGCUUUCUCCUGCACCCAACACAUCCCGAACGCAAAUCGCCGCACCGCCGACUUUACCAUGGCUCCUCCGCGCGGCGGCGGAUCAGACGCUGCAGCAGGGGAAGCCAUCGCUGCUCCAGUUGACCAACAACAGCGCCCCGUUUCUUCCAUCCUUAUAAUCAUCGCGAUGCAAACGGAAGCGACGCCUUUAGUCAACAAGUUCCAGCUCAAGGAAGACCUUGAUUCUGUGUUUCCAAAAGGGGCUCCCUGGGUCAGGUACUAUGGUACAUACAAGGAUUUGCAAAUCAAUUUAGUAUGGCCCGGAAAAGAUUCAACUCUGGGUGUUGACUGUGUCGGCACAGUUUCUGCAGCUCUUGUUGCUUACGCUGCAGUUCAAGCACUAAAACCUGACUUAAUUAUCAAUGCUGGCACAGCAGGCGGCUUCAAGGCCAAAGGUGCUGGUGUUGGGGAUGUAUAUCUGAUAUCUGGUGUGGCUUUUCAUGACCGGAGAAUUCCCAUUCCUGUUUUCGAUCUAUAUGGAGUAGGUUCAAGGAAGCCCUGUUCAACGCCCAAUGUAGCAAAAGACCUUAACUUAAAGGUUGGUAAACUCUCCACCGGAGAUUCUCUGGACAUGUCACCUCAGGACGAGGCAUCAAUUACUGCAAAUAAUGCUGUAGUUAAAGAUAUGGAGGGUGCAGCUGUUGCCUAUGUAGCCGAGAUGUUGCAAGUCCCUGCGAUAUUCAUCAAAGCUGUGACCGACAUUGUUGAUGGCGACAAGCCGACUGCCGAGGAAUUCCUGCAGAAUCUAGCAGCUGUAACUGCUGCACUUGAUGCGUCUGUCACCCAAGUAAUCGAUUACAUCAAUGGGAAGUGUGUUUGUGAACUUUGAAACUUUGAUGUCUCUCAGAAGAACAUUUGAGGACGAGUGUCAUUAAGCUUUCUACGCCUGCGAUUAUACUGGGUUUUUCUGUAUGUGUGACACCCAUGAUUUAGAUCCAGCCAAGGGACUUGCACUAUUAGUUCAUUGUUAGCUCAUGUUUGUUACUGAUGCCAAUAAUUUAAACCUCAUGGUUAUGAAUGCAGCUAAAUUAUCUUCCUCGUUUACAGUUUUAACAGGGCUGUGUUUUGGUUUGAUGUAAAAUCGAUAUUAUUUGUCUUAAGUUCAUGCUAUGACGCUAUACGUAUUUGCGAAACGUUGUUUGGCAUAGUGUAUUUGUGCUGAAAUUAUGCCAGAUAAGUGGACAACGUUAUCGAGAAAGUGAAAAAAGGCACAAUACCCAGUGUAGACUCUAGAGUACAAGCUCAAGUACUUUUUACAGUUUCUGCCGUACUAUUUGAGAUCAAAUGAACAACCCUAAUACAACCUGAACCUACCUGUUAGUCUGAUAUAGAAAUGGGUUUCAUGUUGUUGAAAUCCAGAUGAUAUUAGGAUUAAACAGAUUACUUAGAA